AUGGCUAGCAGUGCGGGAAAGAGCAUCGUUUGCAAGGCCGCUGUCGCAUGGGCUGCCGGGGAGCCACUCUCAGUCGAAGAUGUCGAAGUCGCACCGCCAAAAGCCCAUGAGGUUCGCAUCAAGGUCCUCCACACAGGCGUCUGCCAUACAGAUGCCUACACGCUCUCUGGGAAAGACCCAGAAGGUGCAUUCCCCGUGAUUCUCGGCCACGAAGGUGCGGGGAUCGUCGAGUCGGUAGGACCGGACGUAUCGAAUGUUCGAGUUGGUGAUCACGUUAUCGCUCUAUACACUCCCGAAUGCGGGCAGUGCAAGUUCUGCAAAUCCGGCAAGACCAACCUAUGUGGUAAAAUCCGCGCCACUCAAGGACAAGGUGUAAUGCCCGAUGGCACAUCUCGCUUCAGGGCCCGUGGGAAAGACCUACUGCACUUUAUGGGCUGCUCGACCUUCUCGCAAUAUACGGUUGUUGCAGAUAUUUCUGUAGUCAACGUAACAAGGGCAUGUCCUACAGAUCGGUCAUGUCUCUUGGGAUGCGGUAUAACCACCGGCUAUGGCGCCGCAACACAUGUUGCAAAGAUUACGAAAGGAUCGAACAUUGCAGUCUUCGGGGCUGGCUGCGUUGGCUUGUCAGUUGUGCAGGGUGCAUUGAAACAACAAGCUGGAAGAAUUAUUGUUGUCGAUAUCAACGACGCCAAAAAGGACUGGGCUUUCAAAUUUGGAGCAACGCAUUUCGUCAAUCCAUAUAAACUGGUCAAAGGAUCCGUUGAAGAGCAGCUCAUUGAGUUGACAGAUGGUGGAUGUGACUACACAUUUGACUGCACUGGGAAUGUGGCCGUAAUGCGGGCAGCUCUUGAAGCGUGCCAUAAGGGAUGGGGCGAGAGUAUCGUCAUCGGAGUGGCUGCUAGUGGGCAAGAAAUCAAAACCAGACCCUUCCAGCUAGUUACUGGUCGCGUAUGGAGGGGAUGUGCAUUUGGUGGUGUCAAGGGCCGGUCUCAACUGCCCGGCCUCGUGGAAGACUAUUUGAAUGGCGAUCUAAAGGUCGACGAAUUUAUCACUCAUCGUCAGUCUCUUGCUAACAUUAACGUGGCUUUUGAGCAGAUGAAGCAGGGUGAUUGUAUUCGAUGUGUUGUUGAUACGGCGUAG